UAACCAGGCCCAGUGUCUGAAGAGGCAGUUGUUUCUCCCUCUUUUCCUUUCUCAUCAACUCUAGCAAUGGCGACGGCAACUUCUCCUCACGCCCUUCUCGUCCAAAACCCUAACCUUUCCUCAAAAUCCUGUUUUUUGAAAAGCCCGAUCACCACCUUCACCUUCCCUUCCAACAACACCCACUUCGCUACCUCGAUGCACUCAAACAAGCCUCUUUCGAUUACCUGUGCUACCCAGGUUCAAGAUCGCGCCACCCAAACCGCCCAAGAGCGCAUCAUCAACUUUGCCGCCGGCCCUGCGAUUCUUCCUGAGAAAGUCCUGAAGAAGGCCCAAGGUGAGCUCUACAAUUGGCGUGGUUCCGGCAUGAGCGUCAUGGAGAUGAGCCACAGAGGUAAAGAAUUUCUUUCCAUAAUCGAAAAGGCGGAAGCAGAUCUGCGUCAGCUUUUGAAUAUUCCUUCCGAUUACGUGGUCUUGUUCUUGCAAGGCGGUGCUACUUCCCAAUUUGCAGCGAUCCCCUUGAAUAUCUGCAAACCCGACGAUCCGGUUGAUUAUGUUGUUACUGGGUCUUGGGGAGAUAAGGCUAUCAAGGAAGCCCAGAAGUUCUCCAAACCUAAGGUAAUCUGGUCCGGGAAGUCUGACAAGUAUACAAAGAUCCCAUCUUUCGAUGCGUUGGAGCAAAACCCAGAUGCCAAGUAUUUGCAUAUAUGCGCCAAUGAGACCAUUCAUGGUGUCGAGUUCAAGAAUUAUCCGACCCCGAAGAACAAUAGCAAACUUUUGGUUGCAGACAUGUCUUCUAAUUUCUGCUCGAAGCCUGUCCCUGUUUCGAAAUUUGGUCUCAUCUAUGCCGGAGCGCAGAAGAACGUGGGUCCAUCGGGUGUCACAAUAGUGAUCGUCAGGAAAGAUCUGAUCGGGAAUGCCCAGCCGAUUACACCCGUGAUGUUUGAUUACAAGAUCCACGCUGACAACAAUUCUCUCUAUAACACCCCACCUUGUUUUGGAAUCUACAUGUGUGGACUGGUCUUUGAAGAUCUGUUGGAGCAGGGAGGUCUGGAGGAGGUUCAGAAGAAGAAUUUGAAGAAGGCAGAGAUUCUCUACGAUACGAUUGAUGCAAGUGGAGGGUUCUACAGAUGCCCCGUUGAGAAAUCGGUGAGGUCGCUUAUGAAUGUGCCGUUCACCCUCGAGAAGUCGGAUCUCGAAGCAGUGUUCAUCAAGGAAGCUGCAAAAGAGAAGAUGGUUCAGCUCAAGGGUCACAGAUCGGUGGGUGGGAUACGAGCUUCAAUCUAUAACGCCAUGCCUUUGGCAGGGGUUGAGAAAUUGGUUGCUUUCAUGAAGGAUUUCCAGGCAAGGCAUGCUUGAUCCAAGCAUAUCUACUCUCUAAACUCUGCUAUAUCUUUCAGAUUUUGUUGCUCUAGACUUAAUAGAUUUUCUGUUCACCCACCCUUUUGUUUGUUACAUUUUGGUUGUAAUUUCCUCCGCAAUUAAAUCGAAAUUUUGA